UGGCACUGUAGCUGCAGCUGGAUAACGUUACCUGUAUGACAAACCGUUAGUGAGAUCAGUUUUUUUACGAUACGAUUGUAAUUCACAAACCGCUUGUUUAACAGGAAGUAAGCUGGAAAAACAGAUUAGUUUCUGUUGUGAACUAUGGCCACAGUCAGAAAGGAUGACCGUCUGACAAGUUCUCAGAGUUUACUCUGCGUCGGUUUUGCGGGGAUUUUCAGCAAAACUGUAACGUCGCCUCUGGAAGUCGUAAAGAUUUUAAGUCAAAUAGGAACAUUUCACUGUAAACGCGGCUUCCUACAAAGCUUUGUUUUUGUCUCUCAGAAUGAGGGACUACGAGCAUUUUGGAAGGGUAAUAUGGUUUCCUGUUUACGGUUGUUUCCUUACAGUGCCAUACAUUUAGCAACUUACAAAAAUAUUAUCCAUCUACACAUUGAUGAACUGGGUGAAAUCUCACAAUGGAGGGCCAUAGUUGCAGGAGGACUUGCUGGAAUAACUGCGGCUUUAGCAACAUAUCCUUUGGAGGUGGUUGAAACCAGGUUUAUUGCUCAGAAUUGCAGAGAACCAACUCACAGGGGGCUUCUGGAUUCUCUUUCCAGUAUCUACAGAAAUGAAGGGAUUCAGUCCCUUUACAGGGGCUUUUCCCUAACAAUAUUAGGUGCAGUUCCCUUCUCGGUUGGCUGCUAUGUGGUAUAUGUCAACUUGGAUAAGCUGUGGCAAGAACGUCAUGUUCGCUUCACAUCUCUGCAGAACUUCAUCAAUGGUUGUUUAGCGGCAGGAGUUGCUCAGACUCUCUCCUUCCCCUUUGAAACUGUUAAAAGAAAGAUGCAGGCCCAGAGUCUUCUUCUGCCACAUUGUGGAGGAGCAGAUGUCCAUUUUAAUGGGAUGAUAGACUGCUUUAGACAGGUCAUCAAGAACAAGGGCGUCAUGGCUCUUUGGAGUGGCCUUACUGCCAACAUGGUGAAGAUCGUCCCUUAUUUUGGCCUGCUCUUCAGUUGUUUUGAGAUGUGUAAGCAAGUCUGCCUUUACCGGAAUGGCUACAUCAUUUCUCCUCUAAGCUACAAACCUAAACCUGGGGUGGACCAAAGCCUGGGCCCAUAUGAACUGCAAGAGUUUAAGCGCAACCUCAGAAAUAGAAAAGUACAGAGACCACGGAAUACAUCGAUUGGAAACCGCUGGUAAUUUGGUUCCUGCUAGACUGACAAUUCUCUGAGGUGCUAUUCGACUCUCCUGAAUACAUUGAAAUGAGUGUAAGACGGUUUUACUGCCUUAAGUUCGAACUCAAAGUUCAUCUUCAGUGUGGCACUUUACGCAGUAUAUUUAGCAAUAAUGAAAAACAUUGUACCUGUCAUUGUAUUUACGUCUAAUGGGCUGGUUUACGGAUUCGGCACAUACAUACUUGAAGUACAGUCCAUGUUCUGUGGUAUCCCAGACACAUCAGUGAGCCUUUUAGGCCGUAUUAAAGAUGCACAAGCAUUUAAUUGUUAUAACCUUCAGUCACUUAACUACACACACCACUGCAAUGGUAUUUUUUUUAAGUAAAGCACUGUGGUUAAGACUGUUUGAAUUGAUCAUGUCUCAGGAAAAAGUGUUGACUACCAUUGAACAAUACAGAUCCAUGCCUUUGUCAAACAAAGUAUUAUUGUUUUAUUCGUUUUUAGCACUCAAGGCUUUUUAAAGGUCUUCUGUUAUUUAUAAGCCCAUGCCUUUAAGGUCAUGUUUUGGUGCAAUUUAACAUUUGCUUCUUGGAUAAAUAAUGUGUGAGAUUUUAAAUCUGCAUUGUAAACCAAUGCGUCCUGUUUAUCUGAACACACAGUCCUUAAUAACCCUGACUGAACUGUAAAAAAUGCUCUUCAAUAAAAGUGUUACCAUUGAAAUAUGUAACGUUCUUAAAUGUAGAACAUAAUUAUGUCAAUCCUAAACCAGUAAGCACAUUGAAAAAUAGAAAACAAUAAACAUCACAUUUGUCAACUUC